UUGCAGAGAGGCUUUGAGUUCUACCGCUCCGUAUUCGGCGGCGAGUUCGCCAUCUUGGAAACGUUCCGCAACGGCCCGCCGGAUAUGAGCAUACCGGAAGAUGAGAUGGACAAUAUUAUGCAUGUUUCCUUCCCAAUCGGCGACAGCGUCCUGAUGGGAAGCGACACUCCAUCAAUCUUUGAAGGGUCACAUGUCGUUGGCACCAACAUUUCCAUCAGUGUCAGCCCCGAGAGCAAGGAUGAAGCCAACAGACUAUUCGGGAGCCUGUCCGAGGGUGGUUCAGUAGCCAUGCCCAUGGCAGACAUGUUUUGGGGUCUACUCGAUGUGCAAUUGCACGACAGUUCGGCAUCAACUGGCAGAUUAACUACGAGCAAGCGCCCGAGGCAUCACGGCAGAGAGGGCAGCUUUCACGCCCUGCGCUGCCGCGAGUACGGUGCGAAUCUGGUAGCGGGCGUGACACCGGGGCGCGGCGGGCAGAUAUUCGACGGCGACGUGCCUGUCUUCAACACCGUCAGGCAGGCCGUCGACGAGACGCAGGCGAAACUGCGCUCUCAUAUUCGUGCCGCCGCCCUUCGCCGCGGACGCAAUCGUCGAGUCGGUUGA